GGCAACACUGCUCCGGAGCCAGAGACCCUGAGAUGUGCUGCUCACUGGCGGACCGUCUCAUGCUGCUGCUGCUGCCGCGGAGGAGAGCCGUCCUGUGAUCUGGUCGGGAGUCUAGUUGCCGGGGCUUGGAGCAUACAUGAAGCGGCCCGUCCAUGCGCAGUCUAGCCCUUAUUAUCCUCCCAUGUGCGGUCGCAGUCGUGGUGCACUUGUGGUUGACGUCUCCGACCACCACGUCGUUGGAAACCAAAGAUUCGGAUGAGGAGUUCUCUUCCUCCGAGCUGCUGGUGGGAGUGCUGUCAGCCCGACACCAUCAUGACCUCAGACAAGUUAUCAGGGACACAUGGCUGGGCUACCUCGAAGACCACCCCGAGUUUCAGCACAGAGUCGGGGUGAAGUUCAUCGUGGGCCGGCACGGAUGUCCCAUCCCGGAGGCGGACAGAGAAGACCCGUACUCCUGCUCCCUGCUGAAUCUCACGGAGACAGCGGGGGGCCAGGGCGAGGAGGCGGAGCUGGAGCUGGUGAGGGUGGCGGACAGCGGCGUCCUGAUGGCGUCGGACGUCUCCUCGGUGGCGCUGGACUUCAAGGUGCUCCACCCCGUGGUCAUCACCCGCCUGGGGGUGUUCCCCGGGGGUCCCGCCUACCUCCUGCCCGCCAACGUGACGGUGAAGCUGCACCAGCUGGACCAGGAGGAGGCGGUGGUCUCGGCCCGCUUCAGUGCCCUCAGCCCGGGCACCCAGCUGGGCGGCGUGUGGUACAAGCCGGUGGAGCAGUUCAUCCUGCCUAAGGGCUUCGAGGGGACGCUGGUGUGGGAGAGCGCGGAGCCCGCGGGGCUGACCCAGAUCAACUCCUCCUCCUCCUCCUCCUCCUCUUCCUCCUCCUCCCCGUCUGUGGAGCUCAACACCGGCGGGGGGGUGCUCAAGCUGGGCCCUACCGCAGAGGGCGUCCUUCCUCACCGCAGCGCCCUGGGCUUCCCGGGGCUGGCCGGAGGCUUCACGUUCACCAUCUACGAGCGGGAGGCGCUAGCGGGGCUGCUGCGGGGCCGGGCGGCCCGGGCCGGGCUGCAUGCGGCGGGGCUGCGGCAGCAGGACGCCGCCCUGCGGCGGGAGAGCCUGGAGCACGGCGACAUGGUGCUGGUGGACGUGGUGGACACCUACCGCAGCGUGCCCACCAAGCUGCUCCAGUUCUACAAGUGGUCGGUGAAGAACGCCGAGUUCAGCCUGCUGCUGAAGACGGACGACGACUGCUACAUCGACGUGGAAGCCGUGCUGACGAAGAUCGACCACAAGGGCCUUCGGCGCAACAACUCGUGGUGGGGGAAUUUCAGGCAGAGCUGGGCGGUGGACCGCAUCGGCAAGUGGCAGGAGCUGCAGUACCCCAGCCCCGCGUACCCCGCCUUCGCCUGCGGCUCGGGCUACGUGGUCUCCCGGGACCUGGUGCAGUGGCUGGCCGACAACGCAGACCAGCUCAAGGCCUACCAGGGAGAGGAUGUGAGCAUGGGCAUAUGGAUGGCUGCCGUCGGGCCGGACAAGUACCAGGACCCGGGAUGGCUGUGUGAGAAGGAGUGCUACCAGGACAUGCUGUCCUCCCCCCAGCACAGCCCCGAGGAGCUGCGUCUGCUCUGGGCCAGGAAGAGGCACUGCGGGGACCCCUGUGGCUGCCCCUGGGGGGGCCCCUGAAUCCCAGCCGACCCCCCCCCCCCCCCCCCCCCCCUCUCCGCCGGUGGGUAAAUAGAACAGGAAGAAAAGGAAAUCCACUGGACACACACGAGCGUUUUAGGUUGCUGCCGUUGUCUCCAUCUCCGUCGACGUCCGUCCUUCUUGUGUGCGCUACAACGUUGUCGUCGUCGUUGUUGUUGUUUUUUUUAAGUUGUCGUUGUUGAGGUUUGUUUACUUUAGGAGCGCGCCUCACCACCGUCGCCGAAACUUCCUGUGCAACACUUUUCGAGAUACUUCUUUCGACCCCAGACGUCGGAAACCGACUCGAAAGCCAGGAUUUUUUAACUGCCGCUACAAGCUGUCAGCGCUCGUUACAUUAGCUCGGGGAAUGUGUUUCCAAGUUGAGGGGGGGGGGGAAAAAGUAUUUAAUUCAGCAAAAUAGAUGUUCUGUGAAUAAAGUGUGACAGGGACGGGGGAGGAAGCGAGACGUUGAUGUGCAAUAGCAGCAGGUGGCUCCGGCUUGGUGAUAUUAGUGCCGUAGGAGCCCGCCUCUUCGGGAAUGGAGAUGUAGGGAGGUGGUAGAUUGAGAUUUAAUGAAGCCUUGAUACUUUAACCUGAAAUGCCAAAGUUGGAGUCUUUGGCGUGGGACGUGAUGGCCUUUUAAAAAAAGAAAAGAGAUUGUAUUUUACAUUUGAGGCGUCUAUUUUGUAACUUAUUCUCUUAAGCUUUUCACACACUUCACGGUUUGUAGAUAUCACACACACGCACACGCGCGCGCAAGAACAAACACGCAGGCUCACACACACCAACACACACACACACACACACACACACACACACACACACACACACACACACACACACACACACAAACUUUGUAAUGUGUACCGUAACUGUUGUCGUGUACAUUGUGACGUGGCCUUAAUGUAUUCGCCAGAGGCAUCAGACAUGCGUGAAAAAAAAAUAAAUAAUGCGGAUAACGCACACACUGCGAGCUCAACAAAAUGUGUGUUUCCGAC